AUGGACAAGACGGCCGUAGUGAAGGUCGGAGCCGCGGCCAGCGCCAGCGUAUGUGCCCUGUUCGGUGGCGUGGCGUUAGCCCAGUAUAUCGUUGCCAAGAAGAAGCGAGCCGGGAAGAAAACCAGGAUCAUAGAGAUGAUGCCUCAGUUUGAGAAACCCACAGUCCACAUGAGGGACCCUGAGAGGGUGGAGCAGAUCAUUUGUGGCCUCAUCAAAGGAGGAGCCUCUAAACUGCAGAUCAUCACAGACUUUGACAUGACGAUAAGCAAAUUUGCUGUCAAUGGCAAACGCUGUCCAACGUGUCACAAUAUCAUAGAUAACUGCAAACUGGUGACAGAAGAGUGCAGGCAGAAGCUGCUGCAGCUGAAGAAUAAAUACUACCCCAUUGAGAUUGACCCUCAACUCACCAUGGAGGAGAAGUAUCCAUUCAUGGUGGAGUGGUAUUUUAAGUCCCACUCACUACUCGUAGAGCAGCGGCUGGAGAAGGACAAACUUCCAGAGGUGGUGAGGGAGUCUGAUGUUGCUCUCAGAGAAGGCUUCGAGCUGUUCUUCGACUGCCUGCAUCAGCACAAAGUGCCUGUCUUCAUUUUCUCCGCCGGCCUGGGAGAUGUCCUGGAGGAAAUCAUCCGCCAGGCCGGGGUCUACCACCCCAACAUCAAAGUCGUCUCCAACUUCAUGGACUUCGAUGAGAACGGAGUCCUGAGGGGGUUCAAAGGUGAGCUGAUCCACGUGUACAACAAGCACGACGGCGCCCUGCGGAACACGGAUUACUUCAAGCAGGUGAAAGAGUUCAGCAACAUCAUCCUGCUGGGUGACUCGAUGGGAGACCUGAGCAUGGCAGACGGCGUCCCGAAUGUGGAGAACAUCCUCAAAAUCGGCUUCCUCAAUGACAAGGUGGAAGAGCGACUGGACAAAUACCUGGACUCUUAUGACAUCGUCCUCGUGAAGGACGAAACUCUGGAAGUGCCCAACGCCAUUCUCCAGAAAUGGUGGUCAGCAGCUCUUGGCGAGGGCGAGGAGUUUGACCAGGGAUGCUUGUGCGUUGGAGAUGUGGACAACAGUGGUACAGGACACGACAAAAUUGUGGUGGGCAGCUACAUGGGGAUGCUACGGAUGUUCUCUCCUCAUCCCAAUAAGCUGAAGGAAGGGGGGCAAGCUGAUGCCCAGCUUCUAGAAGUUCAGCUCCAAAAUGCCAUCAUCCAGGUUGAACUCGGAAAGUUUGUCUCGUGUUCAGAUCUCCUUCACCUGGCUGUUCUUCACCCCAGAAAGCUGUCGGUGUAUUCUGUCUCAGGUACUGCAGGGAACGUGGAUCAUGGAGACCAGUACCAGAUGAAGUUGGUUUACGAGCAUAACCUGCAAAGAACUGCGUGCAACAUGGCUUAUGGGACAUUCGGAGGAGUCACAGGUCACCAUUCCCUGUGCAUUCAGUCUAUGGACGGGAUGCUGAUGUUUUUCGAGCAGGACAGCUACUCUUUCGGUCGGUUCCUCCCCGGUUUUCUGCUGCCCGGUCCACUGGCCUACAACCCCAGAACGGACAGCUUCCUCACCGUGUCUUCUGCUCGGCAGCUGGAGAGCUACAAGUACGAAACUCUGGCUGUGGCUACAGAUGCAGAGACUCGGCAGGAUUCUGAUUUGCCCCUCAAGACAGCAGGCAAGAGGCUGACGCCUGAUUGGAUGUUGGUCCUCGGAGAGCAGGCCCUGGAUCUGUCCGUGUCCUCCUUCUCCCACUCCUCUUCCUCCAUCCUUGUUCUGGGCGAGAGGAACCUCUUCUGCCUCCGCGACAAUGGACAGAUCCGCUUCAUGAAGAAGUUAGAAUUCAACCCAAGCUGCUUCCUCCCCUACGCCGCAGUGACAGACGGCACCAUAAACCUGCUGCUAGGUAACCACACCAACAUGCUGCUGGUUUACCAGGAUGUGUGUCUGAAGUGGGCAGCUCAGCUCUCUUUUGUGCCUGUGGCUGUUCGAGUUGCCAACUUCCCGGAGCUGAAGGGAGCUGUGGUCAGUCUGAGCUCUGAUGGUCAUCUUUUGUGCUCAUAUAUGGGUACAGACCCCUCCUUCUUCUCCACCCCUAAAGUCGAUGCCAGGGAAGUAGACUAUGAACAGGUGGAUGCUGAAAUGAAGAAACUGCAAAGGUAUAUCAGAGAAGCCACCAGGACCGAAGAUAUCCUGCCUAUGACUGAAGCUGUGGACCUGUUUGUCACAGCUACUGUGUCCUCCAGCAUGGACAAACCAUCGCAGGCCGUGAUCCAAGAUAUCGAUGGUCUGCCUGUUCCUUCAGUGACCAUACAGGUAAAAGUGAAGGCCAACACUGCGGUGCAGUCCCCGAAGCUGUCCGUCUGUGUCCAGCCCCCUCUGGCUGUCACUCAAGACCACUUUGUGCUGGAGCCCAUGGGUCAGUUCAUAGCAGCUAUUCUUUGUUUGUGUGUGCGUGGUUUUGUGCGUGUACAUGUGGACUGGAAAUCUGUUUUGACUCUGUGA